CGUGCUUGACAGUGGUGUGACAAACACUGAGCAGUCGAGUCGAGUCGAGUCGAGGGUGAAACAGGUUUUCAUUGUGGCGUGGAUUCACUUCACAGUUUGUACAGUUAUAUAAUUUUGUGGGGGGUUUCUCUCUAGAUUUCGGCGGCGUUUACAUUUCUCAGUUGUUGAUUGUCAGACCGGAAUGGCCGAGCCGAGCGCCAGGUAUCAGCAGCUGCCAAAUGAGGAGGACCCAGAGGAGAGUCCACAGGUAGCAGCUGAUGCCCCACCCCCAUACAGCAGCGUCACUGCAGAAAAUGCUGCCUUCUUUGACUACAAGGAAGAUGGGGCUUUCCCCAAGCCUCCAUCGUACAACGUGGCGACUACUCUGCCCUCUUAUGAUGAAGCAGAAAGAACCAAGGCUGAGACUGCUGUUCCUCUGGUAACAGGAAGACAGCCUCAGCACAGGGAACGCCUGGAGACUUUUGACGAUGUAAUUCGCAGUUCACUAGAGGAUGAAGACUUUGUUACCAGAGAUGACUUUGAAGAUGCUGAUCAGCUGAGGAUAGGAAAUGAUGGCAUUUUCAUGCUUACCUUUUUCAUGGCAUUCCUGUUCAACUGGAUCGGUUUCUUCUUGUCUUUCUGUCUGACCACCUCAGCAGCCGGCCGCUACGGGGCCAUCUCAGGCUUCGGGCUCUCUCUCAUCAAAUGGAUCCUAAUAGUCAGGUUCUCCACAUACUUCCCUGGUUACUUUGAUGGACAGUAUUGGCUGUGGUGGGUCUUCCUGGUUUUGGGUAAGUAUUUUGCAUUAAAAUCUAAAGAAGGGUUUUUAUCCUUGGUGUAAUACGUUUACUUACCU